AUGUCAACUCAACGAAGAUUGAGAUAUGCUGACAUAGGAAUCAAUCUUGGCGAUCCUGUCUUCCGAGGAGUCUAUCACGGAAAGCCUGCUCAUGAUGAUGACCUCCGAGAUGUUAUCCAGAGAGCACUUGAGGUGGGCUGUGAGAAGAUGAUGGUCACUGGUUCAGAUCUGAAGGAGUCUGCCCACGCAAUCCAACUCACAGAGGAAUUCCCGGGCAUCUGCUACGCCACGGUUGGUGUGCAUCCUUGCUCGUCAGAACAGUUCGACAAGCACCCCCACGGACCUGACGCAGCUUUGGCAGAGUUGAAGAAGCUUGCAAUUCAAUCCAGAGAUAGUGGCCAUGCUGUCGCUUUUGGCGAGAUAGGUCUGGACUACGACAGAUUAAUGUUAGCCCCCAAGGAAACGCAACUUAGAUACUUCGAGGCUCAGCUCGAUCUAGCUACAGAACUUCAGAUGCCUCUGUUUCUGCACUCCAGAGCUUGCAGUGAGGAUUUCGAGAGACUUCUGAAACCACGACUCGACAACUUGCCGAAAAGAGGCCUCGUCCAUAGCUUCACAGGGACACUUGACGAGAUGCAGAGGCUUGUGACGAUGGGCUUCGAUAUUGGGAUCAACGGAUGUAGCAUGAAAACAGAAGCGAAUAUUGCAGUCGUCAGAGAAGUGCCACUGGAAAGGUUGCAAAUCGAGACUGACGGACCUUGGUGUGAGAUAAGACCUUCGCAUGCCUCCUCGAAGUACAUGGAUGACGCCGCGAAACUUUCGAUGAAAGCGGUAAAGAAGGAGAAAUGGCAGAAAGGUGUGAUGGUCAAAGGCAGGAACGAGCCGGUUACAAUCAUGCAGGUCGCCCACGUCAUCGCCAAGAUCAAGAACAUCAGUAUUGAAAAACUAUCUGAAGCGGCAUGGGUCAAUUCCAUCCAAAUGUUCGGUCUAGGGAUACCUCUCAACUGA